AUGGCUCUUCCUAGUGCUGCCGUUCCCAUGCUGGACGCUGCAAUCGUCCACGAGAAACCAAGUCCGACCGCUGCUGCAAAGGUCUCCCUGACCGCCCCGAACAAGGACCAAGUCCGCGUCGUCGCCCCGCACGAGUACAAACAGGCCGCGGCAUGCUUGGCUGAGGCGUUUCGACUCGACAACAUCGUCCGCUAUGCCAUCGACACGCCGGACCGCAUGCAUAUGACGGAAGAGGAGCGCUUCGAAUUGCACAAAGCCUCCAUGGAGUACGUCACCUAUGCUCAUUGUCUCCAGGGAUUGGUCUUGACGGUUGGUGAGAACUUUGAUUGCGUUGCUUUGUGGCUGCCCCCAGGCAAAAACAUCGACGACUGGUUCACCAUCCUUCGCAGCGGCAUGUGGCGAUUGAGCUGGAAGCUGUCCAAGGAAGGCAAGGUGCGGUUCUUCGAUGAGUUCUUGCCCCUGUUGCAUCAUACCAAGCAGGAAAUCUUGGGAGAGAGGGACAACAACUCCUGGUAUCUGAACUAUAUCGGAACCAAGCCGGCGGCACGCGGCCGUGGUUAUGCCCGAAAGCUGAUUGAACACGUCACUAAGAUGGCCGAUACCGAGGGGCUGCCCUGCUACCUGGAGAGCUCGCACGAUAUCAACAUCAUCAUCUAUGGCAAGUUGGGUUUUGAGCUGCGCAAGCACAUCUACCUGCAACGCGCUGCGGGGAAGGAGCUGAGGAUGGAUGUCAUGGUUAGGGAGCCGGUUGAUCCGGAGAAGAAGUAG